ACUGAUUUGAGGAACGUACUCGCCCGCAUUAAGCAUUUACUAUAAAACUCAUGUUUUAUCGCAGCGUUUUUUAAUAAUUGAAAAAUAAAAUGACAUGUCGGGUAUGCAGUGAAAUAGAAAACGGAACAUCUAAAUAAAUGUUUUCAGUACAUCAGUUUCCCAGGUCGUGGAGGCUAAUUAGCUUUACAACUGAAAAGCUAACGUCGACACCUCUGUGGUGGUUGUGGUCGUGUCACUGUCACACUGGUCCCGACGUUGUUUUACAACCGAGCGAGCAAAAAAGAGCCUUCAAUAACCAGGUAACCAAAAGGCACAAAACAGAAAGAUCUCCAUGUCGACCGGUUCUGGACCUCUUUGACCAGCAGUACCAUCAAGAACUUGGAGACUUGUGGCCGUCAGCAAGAUCAGUGCUCCUGGACCGUCAGUCCUGGCAGUAUGGGGUCAUGCUUAACCGCUUUGCAGCUGUGACAGAUGUCACUCAGAUUCUCCAGUCACAGGGCUUUUCCAGGUUCCUGCCACAAACAGAUGUCUCAACGCUUCUUACUGAUGCCCCCUCACCAGUGUCCAAUGUUAAAUACCAGACAGGAAAAGACUCCCUCUUGUCACCUCACUGUAGCUCUAAGUGUCCCUCUGAUGACUCACAUCCCCAACCUGACAGCACCUCUCACAGGCUCAGUCAGGACAUUCAAUCAGAGGUGUUGCUCCGUCUGCUGCGUCCUUCACUACAGUGUUACAUCCACCAGUAUCCACUGCGAUUUCCCUCUCAGGCUCACAGGCCUGGCCAGCUGAAGCAGUACUACCUCCUGAAUGCCGCCUCCUUGCUUCCAGUGCUGGCUUUGCACAUCAGGGACAGGGAGAAGGUUUUGGAUCUUUGCUCUGCCCCUGGAGGCAAAGCCAUAGCCAUAAUGCAGUGUGCCAACCCAGCACUUCUCUGCUGUAAUGAACCGGAUCAGCACAGACGAGACUGGCUGGCCAAAACCCUGGAGUCUUUUCUGCCUCAUUCACUUAACAGCAAAGUGAUUGUGUCUGCACAGGAUGGACGCUGGUUUGGGCAAAAUGAAGCUAUAACGUAUGACAAGGUUUUAGUCGACGCUCCAUGUUCUAAUGACAGGAGCUGGCUGUAUUCCUGCAGCAGCCAGCAGGGGGAACAGAGACUGAAGGAAAGAGCCAGGCUGCCUGCGCUCCAGGCUCAGCUGCUUAGGUCUGCACUGUCAGCGGUGCGUCCAGGGGGCCUUGUGGUCUAUUCAACUUGCACACUAUCCAGCUCUGAGAACUAUGCUGUGGUUGAGAAGGUGCUGGAUGACUUUCCCGAGGCUGAACCUGAAGACCUAUGGGAGGAGAUUGCCAUUCCUUUAUCAAAAUACUUUGCAUUUAGUCCUGCUCACCCUGGUCAUGGACAGACAUCCCAUAAGCUGUCCCUGCAGCCACAGAACGGCACUGUGUCCUCUUAUCACCACAGACUCGGCAUUUUAGUGGUUCCUCAGCCUGGCAAGACCUGGGGACCCAUGUUUUUGUCUCGGAUUAGAAGAAGGCAAUAGUGGGUAUCCUCCUGCGCAGAAAAGAUAUGUGGAAACAAAUGGCUAAAUAUACACAUUUACUUUGUUCAACUUUUGUUACCUGCAGGUUUUUUUAAGUACUUUGCGGAACUGACUCUCACACAGAAACGGACAAACUUAUUAUUUCAAAUGUAACCUGUCUGUGCCACUUAAAGAGGAGAAAAGUAAUAUCAGCAAGAAAUGCAGGCAAAGAAAAAGUCAGAACUGUUGCAGUUUAAACACUUGCUCACCUGCAAGAAAAUAAGUGUUGCAGCUGCAGUUUUUGCUGUUUAAAGCAGCUGUUCUCUGUGUGCGUGUGUGUGUGUGUGUGUGGCAUGAGAUUUUACAUUUAAAACAAAAUAAAAGUAGAACAUUGCUCACAUCA